UUUUUGUUAUGUUAAUAUUUAGCACGUUAAAGUCAUUAUAUAUCUAUGUGAAUUUAUACCUGAGAUAAAUAUAGACACUAUAGUUUGACACGGAGAAAGACUAAAUAAGUAUAUUCACUGGGAAUUUGUGUGAUCUCUCGAUAAAUAUAAUGGAAAUCAUAUACACCUUUUUCGAAGGAAUUGAUCUUACGACUAUUUUUAUUUUUGGUAUAGUUUUUCUUGUGACGAUUUUGUGGAUGACAAGUCCGAAGUCGGAUAUUCCAGGACCCAAAGCCUGGCCUAUUUUUGGGAACAUUUUACUUGUUAGUCAGUUCAAUAGAGCCACAGACAGAAUAAAGUUUGUAGACCAGCUGACGGCGAAGUAUGGUCCAAUAUUUCGAAUGUUCUUAGGACCAUAUCAGAUAGUAUUUGUACAGGGUCAUAAACAUGUGCUAGACGUUAUACGGAAACGAGGACACGAUUUUGUGGACAGACCCAACUUUAUUCCAGGAAUUAAAUUAGCUCAAAAUGUAGUAGGAGGAAGUGGGAUAGUGUUUACAAAUGGAGAUGAAUGGAAGGAUAGGAGGAAAUUCGCAUUACAAGCAAUGAGAGAUUUUGGUGUUGGAAAGACUUCACUUGAAGAAAAGGUUUUAGAAGAAAUGCAGAAUAUUGCAGAAGAUCUUGAAAAAGCGAAGGGAGCUGAGAUAACCGAUGUUAAGACAAUGAUGUUAAAGGCUAGCUGCAAUGUCAUACAUAGCCUUAUAUUUGGAUAUAGGUAAGUACUCGUCAGCUAUAUCCAU